ACUACUCUGCACGGCGGCAGCGCACUCAAUUUCCCGCACUUUCGCUGGUCAUACGCCCGCGCAUAAAGAACCAAAAUCACCUGAGAGAUCGAAAUUUGGGAGCGAGAAUCGAAUGGAAGACGACGGAAUUCCAGAGAGUGAAAGGUUACAGAUCGAGCAGAUUAUGGAGCUCGAAUCUGAGGAAUUAGAAGUCGAAGAAGUCGACGAAGAGGAAGUAUCGGAUGAAGACGACCACCAUAGCUCUGCAGGAGCUUCUGCAUCUGGUGAAUAUACAUAUGACACCUCCUUAGUUGCCAUGCAUUCAUAUCUUGGUGAUGUUGAAGACACUCACAAUAGGCUGGCUUUCUUGGAUGGUGGUGCUGUCCUGACCCUUCCUCUGUUUUAUCUGGAAGGAGUUGUUUUAUUCCCCGAGGCAACACUUCCUCUCAGAGUUGUAUUUCCUAAUUUUAUAGCUGGUGUUGAGAGAGCAAUGAGACAAGUUGAUGCUCCUUAUACAAUCGGUGUGGUUCGUGUUUACAGGGAUCCCAGUAAUGGCAGAAUAAGGCUUUCGACAACUGGGACUACUGCUGAGAUUCGGCAAUAUCGAAGGCUGGAAGAUGGUUCUGUAAAUAUUGUGGCCCGUGGACAGCAGCGUUUUCGUCUAAAGCGUCGCUGGGUUGAUGUAGAAGGAUCACUAUGUGGAGAGGUCCGUAUCAUUCAGGAAGAUGUGCCACUAAGAACACCACGAGAAGCUGUUGGUAAACUGGCCCCAUUAAGAAACUCUCGAGUUAGGAUGACGCAAGCAAUGCGUUUAAAUGGUUGUCAGCGUACUCGUCAGAGCUGUGAGGAAGGAAAUGAUUCUGAUGCGAUGUCAGAAGGAAGUUUCGAAAGCGAACUUUCAUCUGCAGAACGAAGGUUGCACCAGUAUGCUCUUGUCUCUGGUCGUAGCUCUGAUGUAUAUGAUGAGUCGGUAAGUAGUGACGAUGAGAAAUUUGAGCGACAUUUCGAAAUUCAACCUGAAAGAUCUCCAUUAGACAACUAUACAAGGUCAAUGCAUUCAGAUUACAACAAACAGAAUGCUGAUGACAGUCCUAGAGUUGGGAAGAGGCCCUUCUCGUAUGUCCAACCUUGUAACAAGGUAGGAUGGGGAAAGUACACCAUAGGCCCACUUCGUGAUGUUCCAAGAGCUUUCUGGCCCAGUUGGGUCUAUCGCAUGUAUGAUUCCUAUUCACUUGCCAGGAAGGUAGCAGAGAGGUGGAAACAGGUUGUUAAAUCACCAAACAUGGACAGCCUUGUCAUGAAACCGGAUCUUCUUUCAUUUCACGUUGCUAGUAAAAUGCCAAUAUCUGAAUCAGCAAGGCAAGAGCUCUUGGAGAUAGACGGAACAACUUAUAGACUUCGCAGGGAAAUUGAGUUACUUGAAAGUUUUGAUAAAAUUCGUUGUAAAACUUGUCAGACUCUCAUAGCAAAGAGAAGCGACAUGUUGGUGAUGUCUAGUGAUGGUCCACUUGGUGCUUAUGCUAACCCACAUGGUUUUGUGCACGAGGUAAUGACUCUUCUCAGAACAAAUGGAAUAGCAGUGACAGGACCUCCAGUGAAAGAAUUCAGCUGGUUUCCCGGGUAUGCAUGGUCAAUUGCUGAAUGCAUCACAUGUGGAACGCAGUUGGGUUGGUAUUUUUCUGCCACAAAGAAGAAAAUGAGGCCCCAGGCCUUUUGGGGCAUAAGGAGUUCACAAGUUGUGGAUGACGCAAGCUAAUAAGUGUGUCACUAUAUGGCAUCAGAUACUGCCUGGUGCAGAUGAAUCCUUCAGAUUCUACUUCUUGUCACAAAGUUUCACGUCAAUGGUUGUACAUCUGUGUAAUAGGUUUCAUGCAAUGUGUAGGCCUGAAGGAUAUUCAUAGUUUCAUGAGAGUUCGAGUCUUCUACAAGUGGACUGCUGCCAAUGGUAAUCCUCGAGAAGGAUUCAAUCGGAUUGGAAGCUUCGAGUGAGUCGUUUUUAUGAAUGUGAAACAGAGUUGAGGUAUUACCUGGCACUAAGUACAUUGUAAUAGUGCUCUAAUUUCUAGUUUUCGUCUUGCUAUAAUACAUCUCUACUGUCUCAUUUGCACC